AUGUUCACAAAGAACUCCUACGAGCCACUCAUGCCAUGCAACAACAUGAAUAUGUUCAAGAUCACAGUUACAUCUCUCCCAACAAAUAACUUCGAUGGAAAGUGCUUCAUUUACGUCGGUCCAGCCAAGAAUAAAAGAUCUCACGUCUUCGAGUUCGAAUCCGGCAAGAGAUCACAAUCCAACCAAUUCGAAUUCUCUUAUACUGAUCCAAAGAGAUCAUCAAUCUGCCUUACAAUGGUCAAUAGGAAAUCUUUCUGGUCCGAUGACAGAAAGCUUGGUGAAACAGAACUUCUCAUUUCCGACUUCUCUACAGCAAAGCCAGAAGUUAAGGAAAUUCAGCUCUCAAAUAAUGGUCCUAAGGUUCUCAUCCGCACACAAAGAGUUGAAAUGUAUUAA